AUGUCAGACAAGGCUGCACCAUCACAGCCUCAACCAAAGAGGCAGAUGAAGCCCACUCGGAGACUCAUACUCCAAUAUUCAAGCGAUUCAGACUCAGAGUGUGUUCCUCCUAAACACAAAUCUGCUUCUCCUUCAGAAUCUGAAAGUGAAAGCUCUGAUGAGGAGGCUUUGGGUCGUGGUGAUACCCCGCCUCGAUCGCCUACCCCAGAAAUACCUGUUCGCUCCCAACCUCCUUCUCCUCCACAUGUUUCUGUACCAAUAUCCAUCCCUCCAAUUUUUCCCAUCACUACCUCUCAACCAUCAACCACUAUUCCCAUCCCUGAUCCAAUCUUCACAGACACUACCACUACCACCACUACUACAGGGGCUCAUUCUACAGCACCCACACCACCUGCUACAACCGAACCACCAGUAACAACUGUAACUCCCACCACUACAAAACCCUUAUCACCUACCCCAUCCACUGACACCACCCCAGUUCUAGGCGACGAAGAUGCACCUGUCACCAAGUGUCAUCUCAAAGCAGUCAACGACAAACUUGAUCAGCUGCUUUCCUCCUCUUCCUCUGGGGCCUAUUCAGAUGCUACUCUCAAAGCAUUGUUCUCCUCCGUUGUACAAGAACAUAAUGCCUCCCUCACUAUUGCAGCUAAGGCUAUAGACGCCUCCACUUCCCAAUGCCAGAAGGCCUCCCUUGCUGUUGAGGCUUCCACGAAGGAAUGCAAAGAAGCGACCGCAAAAGUAGAUAAACUAAUUUCUGAAGCUCAUUUGUUUCUAGAUUCUUUAGAGGCGGCUGCUCAGAAGAACUCUUAG